AUGGGGAAGAAGGCGAAGACUUCAAGGAAAGGGAAAAAAGCAUGGAGGGCUAACAUAAGCACCGAAGACAUUGAAGAUUUCUUCGAGAAAACCACCAAAGACGCUCUCUCCGGCGGCAAUCUCUCCGCCGCUUCUAACAAGGAUCUCUUCCACGUCGAGAAAUCCCAUGACCUACCGGUGAAACGGAAGAUUGAGAAACAUAGAGAGAGAGUGCUUCGGUGUGACAGUAUUUUGAAGAAAAACCCAUUUGUCCAGGUAGUGUCAUCUUCAAAGCCUAAGUCGAAGAUAAGUAAGAAGCCAAUUGCUAUAGAAAGCGAAAAACCUAAACAAGCUCAAAAGAAUGUUGCUGAUGAUUCUGAAAUGGUUGACUUGUGGGGUGAUGAUAGUAAAGGACAACAGAAGGGAAACCCUAGAAAGAUUUCAAAGAAAACUUCGAUUAUUCCAGCAGUAGAAGUUGAUCCUGCAGGAUGCUCGUACAACCCUACAGCUGAAAGUCACGAGGAUAUGUUGGCUGAAGCUGUUGCUCAAGAAAUGCAGAAAGUUUACAAGAAUGAGUUAGGGCCUGAUCCUGUUCCUUUGACUAUUGAAGGAGAUGCAAUCAAUGAAGACGAGAAGUACUUUCUUGAAGUGGACAAUGUUAGUGAAGUUGAAGACGAUGCAGAUGCUGAAAAUGAAGUGUCUGAGGCUGGGAAAAAAGUCGCAAGAACAACAGAGAAGAUAACCCGUGUGGUAUUAAAUAAGCGAUCCAGACAUAAGGCACUGCAAAAGAAGAAUAUCGAGGAAAAGAAUAAAAAGAAGUUAUCAAAAGAAAUUAACAGCUUGCCCAAGAUCUUAAAAGAAAUAGCCAGAGAAGAUAAGGAAAAAAAGAAUAAACAUUUACGACGGACCAUUGCUAAGCAGGACGUGCUGAAGAUACGUCCUCCUCGGUUGGGAAAGCACAAAUACGAGGCUCCUCCUGUUCAAGUCCUCUUAACAGAAGAGAUAACCGGGUCACUUCGUAAGCUGAAGGCAUGUUGCACACUUGCAAGAGAUCGAUUCAAGAGCCUCGAGAAGCGAGGAAUACUUGUUCCGUCAAAGACCAUAAGAAGGAACUAG